AUGGAUCUUUCAAAUCCAACAGUUCGAUCAUAUUAUAUCGAAUUUUUACGUUGUGCUGCAUGUUCACAAAAUUUUGAAUAUGAAAAUCCAUUAUAUCAUCCAAUAACAUUACCUAAAUGUGGGCAUACAAUGUGUAAACAAUGUAUUAAUAUAAUGGGUGGUCAAAAAGAAUGUCCACAAGAUCAAGUUUCAUUUGAAAAUACACCAAUUGAUCAAUUACCAACAAAUUAUCCAUUAUUAAUGAUGAUUUAUCGUUCAUCAGAAGGUCAAUGUCGAUCUUAUAUGGAAUUCGAUGAUCAAAAAAAAUCAUAUUUUAGUGAUAUUGAAAAAGGUUUUGGUGAAAUAUCACUUGUAAUUAUGCAAAUAAUUAAUAAUAAAAAAUAUCAAUCAAUACUCAGUCGUUCAACGAUACGAACAAUGUUUAGUUUAUUACAUAGUCAAUAUAUUAAUAAUGAAGGUUUUUUAAUAUUUAUUCAAGCAGCACGUAAUCUUGGUGAAAAUGUAUGUAUUGAUUUUAUUCUUCAUUAUCAAAGUCUUCAAGAAUUAAAAAAUAAUCUUGAGUCGGCUCUUGGUUUACAACAAGGUCAAUUUCCUGAACCAGCAAUAGAAGAAAAGAUAUUAAAAUUAAUUAUUCUAUUAAUUAAAUGUAGUGGAAUAUCAUCCGAACAACAUCUUAUGUAUUCUGUUACACAAUUAAUAGAACAAGUUGGAGAAUCUUCAUCAAUGCAACUUAAACCAGCAUUUCAAAAAUAUGAAAGUCUUCGCCGUGUAUAUGAUUCAAAAAUUAUUGAAAUGUCUAUGCAAUGUGGUUUUUAUAUGACACCUGAACAAUGGUCACUUUUAUUAUAUGGAUAUACAACAAAUGAAUCAAUUAUCGAUCCGAUAAUUGAUAAAUUAUUAACAAAAACAUCGUUUCAAACAGCUAUUCAACAAUACAAAAAGAUUGUUUUAUUAAGCGGUGCUGUUCAUGGUCAAGAUUUAGAUGAUUUAAUGCAACACUUUCAGUUUUUGUCAAACGAUAAUCUAGCAAUUAAUGCUUCAGGCUCAUCUGUACUAACUUCAACAUUACAUAUGUUGAAGAGAGUUGUAAACAUUUUAAAUAAAUUAAAAAAAUGA